UGUGUGCGCGCGCGCGUUUGCGUAUGUGCUUGUGUGAUCGCGUGGGUGGAGUAAGCUUGCUCGUAUUCUCUUCCCUGAUAGCAGUUUGGGAGAGCGAGGAGAAAUCAUGUUGUCCGACCAGAGAGGUCCCUAGCAGCACUGCUCAGCUGUGACGCCGGGAAAUCAGAUCGGGUCCUGGGACAAGGAUACUCUUUUCUGAGGAUGAGGACGGCCCGUCCGGCCGUGUGAGGAAGAACGCAGCGACGCCCGGCUUCACGAAUGACUCCAUGGGGACAUGGGACUCGCGCUCGCGCUAGUCACUCGCGCGUGUUUUAACCGACGUCACCAGCGCCAGAGGCGCACCGAAGCCUUCCCCGCAGCGCAGCUACCGUCGGCCGUGAAGACUGCUGUUUCACCCCUGGGCCUCAUCAGUUUGGGCCAGGAUGUCUGAGCUGGACACAGUGGGCCAGGAGCUCCCCCAGGAGCCCCCCCUGGAGGCCACGCCGGCAGGGGUGUGCGACAGCAAUGCGACUGUCCUUCCCUGCCCCUCGCCCGCCGCCUCCCCCACCCCCUCGCCACGCCCGCACCUCCCCCCCGGCUCCAGCGUGGAGGAAGAGGAGGACGAGCGCCAGGCUGACCCCAGGUUUGAGCAGCAGAGACGGGGCCUAAACCAGGGGCAGCCAAGAAAGAGAUCCAAGGCCAAAGGCAGGCUGGUGCGCAGCCUGGCCGUGUGCGAAGAGUCUUCCCUGCCUGUACCCACAGAUGGUGCUGAGGACGAUCAGGGUUCAAUUCAGCUGCAAAUGACCAGCUUGCCUUGCCUCCAGGAAAAGAGCAGUUCCAGUCGAGAAGAAGCGGAGAAGGACAAAAACAAAGGGACAGAGAAACCAAAUGAAAAACCAAAAAUAAGAAUGCUGUCAAAAGAUCACAGCCAGGAAUACACAGACUCCACGGGCAUUGACUUGCACGAGUUCUUAGUCAAUACCUUACAGAAUAACCCCAGGGACAGAAUGAUGCUGCUGAAACUGGAACAGGAGAUUAUCUCCUUCAUCGCGGAUGAUAAUAGCCCCUAUAAGAAGUUCCCCCAGAUGUCAUCCUACCACAGGAUGUUGGUGCACCGGGUCGCUGCAUACUUCGGCAUGGAGCACAACGUAGAUCAGACUGGGAAGUCCGUGAUCAUCAACAAAACCAGCAAUACCAGAAUACCGGAGCAGCGCUUUGGAGAGCACAUUAAGGACGAAAAUUCAGAGGAGUCCCAGAAGAGGUUCAUCCUGAAGCGGGACAACUCCAGUAUUGACAAGGAAGACAAUCAGCUACAUAGGAUUCACCCAUUUAGAGAAGACAGGAGGAGUAAGUCCAUAGAAGAGAGGGAAGAGGAGUAUCAGAGAGUGAGGGACAGAAUUUUUGCCCAAGAUUCAUUCUGUUCCCAAGAAAACGUUUACAUUGAAACAAGGAUCUUGGAAGACUGCAAUUUAUAUAACGACACUCAGAAGAAACGGCAGCUAUUUAGGGGGAACCGCGACGGUUCGGGCAGGGCCUCGGGGAGCCGGCAGAGCAGCACGGAGAUGGACUCGCGCUGGAGCGACCCGCGGCCCUGGAGCAGCACCGACUCGGACAGCUCCAGCCGGAACUACAAACCCGCCGUCACCAAGACGGCCAGCAUCGGCGGCAUCACCGUGCUCACGCGCGGCGACAGCUCGUCCAGCGGCCGCGGCACCGGCAAGCUCUCCAAGACAGGUUCUGAGUCUUCCAGCAGCGGGGGCUCGUCUGGCUCUCUCUCCCGGGCUCACCUGACGCUGCAGGGCUCCUCCCUCCUGCCCACAGGCCCGCCCAGCUCCGGCGGAGGCCCCGCCCCCUUCCCAGAGGGCCAGCCUCCUCCCAGCAGCCCCAGCUAUAUCCUGGUCUCCCUGGAGGCCAGUGGUAUCCCCCCUGGUAGCAUUCUCCUAAAUCCACACACAGGUCAGCCAUUUGUAAACCCUGAUGGCACCCCUGCCAUCUAUAACCCACCUACCGGGCAGCAGCCAAUCAGAAGCCAUCUAGUGGGGCAAUCACCUCAGCAGAACACACCGCAAUCCCAGCAAGCUCAGCAACAGGCCCCACCCCCGCCACCACAGCCACAGCAGCCAAUGACAAGCCACAUGGUCCCCCAGGGCCUGCAGCCGACCUCUCAGGCAGGGUCAUACUCCGCCCUCUCGUACCCGAGCCAGCACCUGCUGCCUGUCUCUCCCGCUCAGCACUUCUCUGCGCGGGAUGACCUGUCCUCGCAGUUCGGCCAGAUGACCCUCAGCCGCCAGUCGUCGGGCGAGGGCCCGGAGCCCCCCGCCUCCGCGUACCCCCCCGGCCUCCUCUCCCAGCCGCCCCCCCAGACGGGUUUCGUGGUGCCCUCCCCCGGCCACCAGCUGCCCCCUGGGGGCUUCCCGGCGUCCGGGCCCCACAUGCCCCCCCAGCAGGUCCUGCCCUCGUCGCAGGGCUUUGUCCAGCAGGCUCCAUCUCAGGUGCCGGUGUUCUACUACUCCUCCGCCCAGUACCCUACCUCAAGCAGUCAGCAGUACAGGCCCGUCGGCCCGGUCCAGUACGGCACGCACAGGAACCAGCAGCUUGCACAGAGCCCCCAGCAGACAGGUUACCCACCUGUUUUAUCCAAUCAGCAGCCAGGAUUCCAAAAUCUGAUGGGUGUACCGCAGCAACCCCAAAACCAGAACCAGAGCUUGAUGUCCAGCCAACAGGGGAGUCAGGUUCAAGGUGUGAUGGUUCCGUACCCCCCUAUGUCUUCAUAUCAGGUGCAAAUGACACAGGCUUCUCCAGGGAUACCCCAGCAGUCUUACCAACAGACCAUCAUGUUGCCUGGUCAGUCGGGUCAAGGGGCGGUGCCCAGCCAGGGCGUCCCUGUCUACUGCAACGUGAUGCCACCCUCCCCGCCUGGCAACCUGCGACUGGUGGGCGGCCCCUGCCCUUCCAGCACUGUGCCCGUCGUUCAAGCCAGCUGCCGAACCAACUGCGCCAACCUCAGCAGCCCAGGCUGGCAAGUCAAGUACUGACACGAGAGGGGGCUGCAGGCAGUCAUAGCUAGUAAUGGCAGAGUGAGGCGUCCUCAACCUCAAAAUGGGUUGGGCUAUUGUAGACUGUCAGUCACUUCACCGGUUUGAACCAAUCAUAGUGUCUUGCUAUGGAGGACAGUUCAUUGAGGAAUCAGGAAUUGACAGCACAUGGUAGCUCCGUUAUAAGAGGAUCUGUGAAGCCCCAAUCUCACAUGACUAGUUCAUGACACACACCCCCGCGUCAACACCCAACACCAACACCAACCAGUGCACUGGACAUUUCUAACCAUGGCCUUUAAUUGCAGGGGAAGACAGCUAAACGGCAGAUAUUCUGUAAAAAACAGAGAAAAACUCAGUAAUAACUGAUAUGUUUGCUGGUUAAUGGUGCAUACUUUAGUCCUGUUUCUUCACAGGAGGCCUUUGUAGCUUAGCGAGGUGACAUGCAUUCACUGGGUGAAGAUCUCUUCCUUUUCACUGAUCACCACUGUGUAGAUUGUAAUAAACCUAAAACUGGAUUAGUUUUGUACUUUGUGUUGAGUUUGUGAAGCUGAAAGUAUUUAAGACUAUAUUAUAUAUACACACAUAUAUAGAUAUACAUAUAUAUAUAUGUAUAUAUAUAUAUACAUAUAUAUAUAUAUGUAUAUAUAUAUAUAUAUAUACACACAAUAUAUAUUAAAACUGAAGCUAUAUAUUAAAACUAAAAUUAUACUGUACCAAAGCUGUAAUGGACUGCUGUACUGAAAGCAUAAUUUAUAUACACAAUAGAAUUUUUUAUGGCUAUAUACUGUAUUGUAGUGUUUAAACACAAUAAAAGAUUAUUUGACCUUGAGAAAACAGGUCACAUUUCUAA